AUGGGCUUCUACCUGUACUUUGCCCUCUCGUUGGGACCGUGGCUGAUGCGCAACCGAAAACCAUUUGAGAACCUAAAACCGGUGAUGCUCUUCUACAACUUCACCAUGGCGCUGCUCAACGCUUACUUUGUCUUCCUGGUGCUGCUGCACUGCGAGUACGGCCAGCGUUUCGUCGACUGGAAGUACCCUGACCGAAACAACAACAGUCCCAAAGCAAUGUACGAGUUGAACAUGGGCUGGUACUACUGGAUCACCAAGUUCUUCGACCUCCUCGACACCGUUUUCUUCGUCCUCCGAAAAAAGCACGAGACGCAUCUAGGUUUUCUGCACCUCUACCACCACACCGUGGUGCCUAUCUUCGGAUAUCUGUGUUUGAAGCACAACGCAGUGAUGCCGGCCACCGGCCUUUUCUGCCUCAUCAACGGCACCAUUCACGUCAUCAUGUACAGCUACUACGGUCUCUGUUUGUUGGGACCCUCAGUGCGCAAGUACCUCUGGUGGAAGAAGUACAUCACCCAGAUGCAGAUUGGCCAGUUUGUCUUUGGCAUUUUCUACGGCAUCAUCAUGGUUUUCAAGCAGGAGGGUUAUCCGCAGUUCUGGUUCUGGUUUGGCAUGACGCAGCCCUUCUUCUUCUUCCGCCUUUUCUACAACUUCUACAAAAAAUCCUAUGAUGAAAAAAACGCUGCCGCUGCCAAGGCGGCCGCCUCCAAAGCUUCCGCUAAGAAGGUUGAGUAG